GUGAUGUUCUGUAGUUAGUGACAGAAUCGUCGCCAUAUUUGAGAAUCUGAAAGGGUAUUUUUCUUCCAGAAACGAAAUUGCAAAUAGAUUAUAAUUUUUUCCGAAAUGAUCAAAACCCUAAUGUAACUGGUGAGAAGCUGUAGUUAUUCUGAAUCACACACCUCAUACUACUGUGUGCUGUAUUUCAACAUGAAAGGAGACCUCAGGACUUAACCAAAAAAAAUUAAUUGAAAACAAUUACUUUUAACGAGAAUAUUUCAUGAGUUAUCUAAUUAGUAUGUCUUUGUGAAUGAGCCAGUAGGAUAAUGCAUUCUAUAACUUAAUUCAUUAAGGAAGUCCAAAUUUCAUCAUGAUAUUUUUUUAAGUGUUUGCAAAAAUAGUUUAUAGUUAACUAUGAUGGCUAGUUCCUUUGACCAUGAAGAUAAAGAUUGCUGGUACUUUGGGGCCAUUGGUCGUCAUGAGGCUACAGAUUUACUGAUGUCUGAAAGAGAAGGUGGUGUUUUUUUAGUCAGAGAUAGUAAAACUAGUGUUGGAGACUUUGUAUUAUGUGUCAAGGAAGAUAGUAAAGUAAGUCAUUACAUUAUAAAUAAAACCCAGGUGCAGGAUCAAGCAAGAUAUAAAAUUGGGGAUAACUUUUUCAAAAACAUACCAGAGCUUCUUGCAUUUUACAAAGUACAUUACUUAGAUACCACUCCGCUUAUUAGACCUGCCAGUAAAAAGGUUGAGAAAGUUGUGGCCAAGUUUGAUUUUGAUGGCAAGGAAAAGGAUGACCUUAGUUUCAAAAAAGGUGAUAUUUUAACUAUAUUAUUCAAAGAUGAAGAACAGUGGUGGACAGCGAAAAACAAAGAUGGACAAACAGGAUCUAUUCCUGUUCCAUAUGUACAGAAAAUUGAGGAAAGUCAUUCCCCUGUAGAUCUUCUCCGCUCCGGAUCUGGUGUCGCUGUUAAUAAUACAUUGUUGCCAUGUGAAGCAGCCAAACGAAAUCAAAUGCAGGUAUUCAUCAUAUUCCAUAAAAAAUAUUUAGUUGUUGCUGAAUCAGUAUCAGAAACUUGA